UCCCUUUGGCCCGCUAAAUAUUUGCCAAAUGGCUUCAAAUCUGACUGAUUGGUUAAGAGCCGUUGGAUCACCAAAAUAAUGAAAGCAAACAACAAUUAAAGGGGCCAAGCAGGUCGAAUAGGCGAAGGGAUUUAGCCAUUGAAUAUAGAGGCUUAUUAGAUGCUCCAUCAGCAACGCCGCCAAUCCUUUCACAAGAAGGGCACAAGUUGAGUGUCCCCGCCGGUUAUUGCACCAGUUUCAAAACUUUGAGAUCUGAAAGCUCUUUCUGCAAGAAGAGCCGAAGUUGAAGAAGAAGCAAACGCGUGAGAAGAACGUCGGCAGUGCAGAAGAAAGGGCUGGAGAAGAGAUGGGGGAGCUGGCCGUUGAUGAACAUGUAAAAUACAUAAUAUCAGUUGAAAAGAAAAAGGAUAGUUUUGAAUCCGUGGUGAUGGAGCAUCUGAGAUUGAAUGGAGCAUAUUGGGGAUUGACAACUCUGGCUCUUUUAGGAAAGCUUGACGCUGUAGAUAAAGAAGAAGUUAUUUCAUGGAUGAUGAAGUGUCAACAUGAGUCUGGUGGCUUUGCUGGUAAUAUCGGACAUGAUCCACAUAUACUGUAUACCCUUAGUGCUGUGCAAGUUUUGGCUCUCUUUGAUAAGCUAGAUGUUCUUGAUGUUGAUAAGGUGUCAAAUUAUAUUGCUGGGCUGCAAAACGAGGAUGGAUCCUUUUCAGGGGACAUGUGGGGCGAAGUGGAUACACGGUUCUCUUAUAUUGCCAUAUGCUGUCUCUCAAUACUAAAGCGGUUGGAUAAAAUCAAUGUGGAUAAGGCUGUGAACUACAUAGUGAGUUGCAAAAAUCUGGAUGGUGGAUUUGGAUGCACUCCUGGUGGGGAAUCUCAUGCUGGGCAAAUCUUUUGUUGUGUGGGUGCUCUUGCUCUUGUUGGGGCUCUGCAUCAUGUCGACAAGGACCUUCUUGGGUGGUGGUUAUGUGAACGACAAGUCAAAUCUGGUGGUCUAAAUGGGCGCCCUGAGAAACUUCCCGAUGUUUGCUACUCAUGGUGGGUACUUUCUAGCUCUAUCAUGAUCAACAGAGCCCAUUGGAUCAACAAGGAGAAGCUUGUUAAGUACAUCUUAGAUUGUCAGGACACCGAAAAUGGAGGUAUUUCUGAUAGACCUGAUGAUGCCGUUGAUGUCUUCCACACCUAUUUUGGAGUGGCAGGACUUUCACUUCUUGAAUAUCCUGGAGUGAAAGCAAUUGAUCCGGCUUAUGCUUUGCCUGUCGAUGUUGUAAAUAGGAUUUUCUUAGCGAAGUAACAGGUUUGUUUGGUUUCAGAAAAUGCAAUGUUGCUGGGGGUUGGGUUGAGAUUGGGGCAAUCUUAACCCCUUUACGGUAGUGUUACCCAAUGUUUUUGGCUACUAACAAUUCAGUACUUAAUUAUUGGAAGUCUUAAAAAGUAUAGUUAAACUAUUACUAUAUGAAAGAUUGGACAUGAGAAAGAAAAGCAGUAAUCAAAAGCCAUACCUACAUGUAUAGAUUGUUA